AUGGUGCAGGCUUGGUAUAUGGAUGGCUCUGGAGAGGAUCAGAGGAAGGAGCACCACUUGGAGCCUGAACAGCCAGUUUCCUUGGAGGAGCUCCGAGCUCUGGGGGUCUUCUACUACAAGUUGGAUGCCGAUAAUUAUGAGAGUGAUCCAGAGCUGGCAAAGAUCCGCAAAGACAAUAAUUACACAUUCAUGGAUAUAAUCACCAUACAUAAAGACACACUGCCCAAUUAUGAGCAGAAGCUGAAGAUGUUCUACGAAGAACACUUGCACUUGGAUGAUGAGAUCCGCUACAUCCUGGAAGGAAGUGGUUACUUUGAUGUGAGAGACAAGCAGGACCGAUGGAUCAGAAUCGCAAUGCAGAAAGGUGACCUGAUCACCCUGCCAGCUGGUAUCUACCACCGCUUUACACUGGAUGAAAAUAAUUACGUCAAAGUUAUGAGACUGUUUGUUGGAGAACCUGUCUGGACCCCGUAUAACCGUCCUGCUGAUGAUUUGGAGGGUCGAACAAAAUAUCUUCAGUUUCUGGAACUAAAAGCAUAG